AUGGAUCAUGAGAAUCGAAGUGUGGUGACGGAAUUCAUCCUCAUUGGAUUUUCCGCUUUCCCAGAUCUGCAGGUUCCUCGGUUUGUGGUCUUCUCCGUCAUGUACGUUACUAUUUUGACAGGAAAUGUCAUCAUUGUCACGACGAUAAGGCGUGAGUCCAGCCUACACAUCCCCAUGUACUUCUUCCUCGCUGUGCUCUCCAGUUCAGAAAUCUGCUAUACGUUCAUCAUCGUCCCCAAUAUGCUUGCAAAUCUUCUAAGAGAAAAGGGAACUAUUUCAUUCAUUGGUUGUGGUACUCAGAUGUGUCUGUUCUUGGGCUUUGGUUGUACAAACUGCAUGCUUCUCGCGGUGAUGGGGUAUGACCGAUAUGUGUCGAUUUGUAAACCUUUACAUUAUCCAGUUCUGAUGAAUCAGGGACUCUGUACUAAACUGGUUCUCUUUUCAGCAUCAACGGGUUUCCUUUUUUCUACGAUUGAGACAAUUAUUAUAUUUACCUUGCCAUUCUGUGGGCCAAAUAAAAUUCAUCACUUCUUUUGUGAUUUAGCACCUUUACUUGAGUUGGCCUGUGGCCGAAAUUAUAUAGGGGAAAUUGUUAUUUUUCUUAUUUGUUUUCUGGUGGUCUUUUGCUCAUUCUUUCUCAUCCUUCUGUCGUAUCUUUUAAUCAUAAACACUACCCUGAAAAUCCCCACCACAGACGGGAAGCGCAAAGCCUUUUCCACUUGUGCUUCCCAUCUCAUUGUGGUGGUUGUACACUUUGGAUGUGCUUCCAUUAUUUACCUGAGGCCCCAAUCCAGGUACACUUUGAAUGAGGACACCUUGAUCUCUGUCACGUACACCCUGGUGACUCCAUUGCUGAAUCCUGUUGUUUACAGCCUGAGGAACAAGGAUGUCCAAGUUGCUCUCAAGAAAUCUCUGG